AUGAGGACUUUUUACCCAUCUGAUUCUUGUAAAGAGUCACAGCUCGAUUCCUUGAAUCCACAGUCAUGGCUUCAAGUUGAGAGAGGGAAACUAUCUUCCUCUGCUUCUUCAUCUACUCCACUGUGCAGAGAAUCAUUUAUCAAAGUUCCUGAGCCGCAGAUACUGCCGCAUUAUAAACCUCUCAACUACGUAGAAGUUCUAGCUCAGAUUCACGAAGAGCUCGAGACUUGCCCGUUGCAGGAGAGAUCGGUUCUGUAUUUAUUGCAGUAUCAAGUGUUUAGAGGUCUUGGAGAGACCAAACUUAGACGGAGAAGUCUUCAAUCAGCUUGGCAAGAAGCUACAACAGUCCAUGAGAAAGUUGUGUUUGGGUCUUGGUUGAGGUAUGAGAAACAAGGAGAAGAGGUUAUCACCGAUUUGCUUUCCUCUUGUGGUAAAUAUUCUGAAGAGUUUCUGCCGCUGGAUAUUGCAUCCUAUUUCCCACCUAUUACUGCUUCUUCUUCCCCUGAGACAGCGUCUGUGAAGACGAACCGCAGUGUAUCUAAAAAUGUUGUGUUUAAGAUUGGAGAAGAGAAAAUACCUUGCCUAAGGCGAAAAAUUGCGAGUCUUUCGGCUCCAUUUAACGCAAUGCUUUAUGGUAGCUUCACGGAAUCACUUCUUGAUGAGAUAGAUAUGUCAGAAAAUCAUGUAUCCUCAUCAGCUAUGCGGGUUGUUAGAGAUUUCAGCGUUGUUGGUGUAUUACUCGGAGUUACCAAGAACCUUCUUUUGGAAGUCUUAGUAUUCGCAAACAAGUUUUGCUGCGAGCAACUCAGAGAUGCAUGCGAUAGAGAAUUGGCAUCUCUGAUUUCUUCUAUUGAAUGUGCCAUUGAGCUUAUGGACUUUGCACUUGAAGAGAACUCCCCAAUCCUUGCUGCAUCGUGUCUGCAAGUUUUUCUUUAUGAGAUGCCAAAUAGUUUGACCGAUGAGCGUGUUGUCGAGGUUUUGACUCGGGUUAAUAGAUCUCAAGUCUCAACCAUGGCAGGAAAAGCUUCAUUCUCCUUAUACUCUUUUUUAAGUGAAGUCUCGAUGUGUAUAGAUCCUCGGUCUGACAGAACAUUGGGUUUCUUGGAGAAAUUAGUUGACUUUGCAGAAAAUGACCGACAGCAAGUAUUGGGGUUUCAUCGGUUAGGGUGUACGAGGUUGUUGAGGAAAGAAUACCGUGAGGCUGAAGAAGCUUUUGAAACCGCUUUUAAUUUAGGCCAUGUGUAUUCAGCUACUGGUUUAGCAAGACUAGGAUCCAUCCAAGGGCAUCGGCUUUGGGCUUACGAGAAGCUAAGCUCUGUUAUCUCCUCUGUUUCACCACCUCUUGGGUGGAUGUAUCAAGAAAGGUCUUUCUACUGUGAGGGUGAUAAGAAAUUGGAAGAUCUUGACAAGGCAACCGAAUUAGACCCGACUUUGACAUAUCCUUACAUGUAUAGAGCUGUGACUCUAAUGUCGAAUCAAAAUGCAAAGGCUGCACUUGAAGAAAUCAAUCGGAUCCUGGGAUUUAAACUUGCAUUAGAAUGUUUGGAAAUCCGGUUUUGUCUUUAUCUUGGUAUGGAUGACUAUGAAGCAGCUCUUCGAGAUAUUCAGGCUGCUCUUACCCUGUGUCCGGACUAUCGAAUGUUCGAUGGGAAAGUAGCUGGGAGGCAGCUCAGGACGCUUGUGUAUGAGCAUGUCGAGAAUUGGACAACAGCAGAUUGUUGGAUGCAGCUAUAUGAGAAAUGGUCUAAUGUUGAUGACAUAGGUUCUCUUUCCGUGAUCUAUCAGAUGCUUGAAUCCGAUGCUUGCAAAGGUGUUCUUUACUUCAGACAAUCUUUGCUUCUCCUAAGGUUAAAUUGUCCGGAAGCAGCCAUGCGUAGUUUACAGUUAGCACGCGAGCAUGCCUCGAGUGACCACGAGCGUCUGGUUUACGAAGGAUGGAUCUUGUAUGAUACGGGUCACUGCGAAGAAGGGCUUCAAAAGGCUAAGGAAUCCAUUAGAAUAAAGAGAUCAUUCGAAGCUUAUUUCCUCCAAGCUUAUGCUUUAGCGGAAUCUAGCCUCGAUCUAUCAAGUUCUUCGACUGUUGUUUCACNGCUUGAAGAUGCUCUUAAAUGCCCCUCUGAUAGGUUGCGCAAAGGUCAGGCUCUAAACAAUCUCGGGAGCGUCUAUGUGGAUUGUGAGAAGCUAGACUUAGCUGCGGAUUGCUAUAUAAAUGCACUCAAGGUGAGACACACGCGUGCACACCAAGGCCUAGCUCGCGUCCAUUUCCUUAGAAACGACAAAGCUGCAGCUUACGAAGAAAUGACUAGACUAAUCGAAAAGGCUCAAAACAAUGCAUCUGCCUACGAGAAAAGAUCCGAGUAUUGUGAUCGUGAACUUGCCAAAUCUGAUCUUGAAAUGGUCACCCGGUUAGACCCUCUCCGGGUUUAUCCUUAUCGAUAUCGCGCAGCAGUGUUGAUGGAUAGUCGGAAGGAGAGAGAGGCAAUAGCGGAGUUAUCACGAGCUAUCGCCUUUAAAGCGGAUCUUCAUCUUCUGCACUUACGAGCGGCUUUCCACGAGCACAUUGGGGAAGUUGGAAGUGCGUUGCGGGACUGUCGUGCAGCGCUCUCGGUCGACCCUAACCAUCAGGAGAUGCUGGAACUCCAUAGCCGUGUUAAUAGCCAUGAACCUUGAAACGCAACCAUACACAAAAGAGCUUCGAGAUGAGGAAAGUAAAGUGUGAAAAUUUGUAAAACUAAAAAGAAUCAUAGUUGGAAAAUCUUGUAAUCUCUUGUCACUCUUUUAUUCUUUUGUUGUUGUUUUCCUAAGAUCGAUUUUAUAUUCAACGUAAACUUCAAAAUU